CAGCGUUCAGCGCUGCCGCGUGCGCGAGGGAAGCGAUGCUGCGACAGCGCUCUGCUCUCUCUUCCCUCCAGUACCAAAGGGCUGUGAGCCUGGAGUCGUUUUCCAUCAUCCUGGCGCAGCUGCUGGGGCUGAGCCUGGGAAUGACCUAUGACGGCUCCAGAGACUGCCAGUGUCCCGGGUCCGUUUGCAUAAUGAACUCUAAGGCCUUACGUUUUGGUGGGGUAAAAACCUUUAGUAGCUGCAGCAUUGGAGACUUUGAAAACUUUCUCAAGCAAAACAGAGGAGACUGCCUUCUCAAUAGACCCCAUUUGAGUGGACGGUCCUACAGGAAAGCUGCAGUCUGCGGCAAUGGUGUUGUGGAACGUGGAGAGCAGUGCGACUGCGGGUCACUGCAGGAUUGUCUGAUAGAUGAAUGCUGUACUACAGAUUGUCAGUUUAAGCCUGGAGUGAAAUGUUCCUCUGGAUUAUGUUGUGAUAGAUGUCAGUUUAAACAGAAGAAUGCCAAGUGCCGGCCCCCUGCUGAUGCGCAGUGUGAUCUCGCAGAGUACUGCAACGGGACCUCUGAGAUCUGUCCUCCUGACUUUUAUAUUCAGGACGGGCAUGAAUGUGAGCAUGGCACCGGUUACUGCUACAAAGGACGCUGCCGGUCUGCUGACCUGCAGUGCCAGAGACUCUAUGGGAAGGGUUCAAAAAAUGCUCCUGUGAUAUGUUAUGAGGAGAUCAAUAGUCAACGGGAUAGAUUUGGACACUGUGGUAUCAAUCCCUGGCAAAACUAUAAAAUCUGUGCUUGGAGGAAUCUCAGAUGUGGAAAGUUAAUCUGUACGUACCCAUAUCGCAUUCCGUUUGCAACUACCACUGCUGCUGUUAUUUAUGCUCAAGUGCGAGAACAUUUGUGCGUAUCUUUGGAUUAUAUGAACACAUCUGCAGGGUUGAGUCUUCUUCUGGUUGAGGCAGGUACAAAGUGUGGUUCUGGAAAGGUUUGUAUAAACAACACUUGCCAUCCACAUUCAGUCCUGGGAUAUGAUUGCAACAGUGAAGUAAAAUGUCAUGGCCACGGAGUGUGUAAUAAUAAAAAAAAUUGCCACUGUGAUCCCGGCUGGAAACCUCCAGACUGCAGAACUGAGGGAUCUUCUUUAGGAGGAAGUAUUGACAGUGGGCUCCAGAUGGUGGAUAUUGGUUAGUACCCAGAGCAGAUGUGGUAAAGCAAACACCAGUGUCUCACUGGCACACGCGCAGGGCU